UCAAACAGUCUGCUUCCAGGAGCACACAAACACAGAGCUGCAACAUCACACAGGAUGGCUACACAGUGAUGGAGAGCCACGUCUUUAAAGCUUGACAGAGUGUCUGAUCAUGGCAGCUGCCAUGGUGUGCAACCGACUCUUGCUUUCCAUCUACAUCCUCACGUUCCUGAUGGGGGUCCCUGCCAACAUCCUGGCAUUUUGCACCUUCUUCCGCAAGGUGCGUCGCAAGGCAGCCCCGAUCGACGUCCUCCUCCUCAACCUCACCAUCUCUGACCUCAUCUUCCUCGCGUUCCUGCCUUUCAAAAUGAAGGAGGCCUCUGACGGCAUGGCGUGGAUGCUGCCCUACGCCCUGUGUCCCUUGACCGGUUUUGUGUUCUACGCCACCAUCUACAACAGCACCCUGCUCCUCACAGCUGUGGGGGUGGAGCGCUACCUCGGGGUCGUCUUCCCCCUCAGGUACUCUGUGUGGCGCAGACCUCGAUACGCCGUGUUAGCCAGCAUCGUUAUCUGGCUGGUCACCUGUCUGAACCUUAUCAUCGUCUACAUCAUGGCCUACUCCCAGUGGAACAAAGAAGCAGACAGCUUCAACAAUGGCAGCAUCCCCGACAGCCCGACCCCGCCUCCACCCACCUGCUACCUGGAAUUUACCACGGACGAGCUCCACAUCCUGCUGCCUGUCCGCUUGGAGCUCUUCCUCGUUCUCUUCUGCCUCCCCUUUCUCAUAUGCUGCUUCUGCUACGUCAACUUCAUCCGUAUCCUGUCCCGUCUACCCAAAAUCAGCAGGCGACGGAGGCUGCGCGCCAUCGGUCUGGCGCUCGGGACGCUGCUAGUGUUCACCGUCUGUUUCGUGCCGUACAACGCCUCCCAUGUGGUGGGCUUCGUUCGCCACGAGAGCGAAGGGUGGAGAAAUGUGGCUUUGCUCUCCAGCACCUUGAACGCCUGCUUGGAUCCGUUUAUCUUCUACUUCUCGUCAGCGGCUGUCAGGAGCAUGUUGAAACACUGCUGCAGGAACAUCAUGGCCAAGCUGCACAUCCUGAGGUGUGGGGGGGCUCCUCAGCAGAAACCCUCAAAGACUGAAAAGCACAAUAAAGCACCUGUUCCUUGAAAGUUCUGGAGAGAGAAUUAAAGUUCAGGCGGUUUUUUUUUACAGAGUGGUUUUCUUUAUUUCAUGCAAAAAUGUAAAGAUUUAUAAAAGGGCUGAUAAUUGUUAUUUCACUUUAACAGAGAACAGAGCUCAGUUUGAAUUUUAUAUGUCCCACAACUUACAGAAAAAAAAUUGUGUAAAGACACAUUAAGAGAUGAAAUAAACAUUUCCUUUUGCAAGU